AUGGAUCAUAAAGAAGAGUAUCACGAUCCAGACUACCCUGAAGUCUCAGCGACUAUAGUAGAAGAGCCGCCUAGUGAAUCUGAAGAUGACAAAGUUGUGAAAAUUAAAAAGAUAAUUCGCCGCGAGUUUAAAAAUGAAUUGAAUGUAAGAGAAAAUGAAGUAUUGCUUAUAGAUCAAAGAAUGACAACAGCCCGAAGAUAUCUUCACCAAGUUAGAUAUGCUCUAGUCAAUAACUUUUAUAAGGACCAGAAACUGCAAUUAACAAAUGACCAGAUUGAAGAUGAUGUUGCUGCUCAAACCGAACCUAGGGCCAGAGCUGAAGUAUCAUCAAUACUACGUGAUAACCAACGUCGGUUGCAUCCAUCUGUACGCAAAUUACUAGGCAAGAAGAUUGUUGACAUCGAAGAAAUAUUUCGAUCGAGGGAACCUAGAAACAAGACGAGAAAAAAUUAUUAUGCUAUGCUUCAACGUAAAAACUACACAAUAUCAGCGGACGCAACUACAUCACUACGACCGAACACAGAUAAAGAAGAGAAGAUAGAAGUGAAACAAGAAUAUGAUAAAGAAGAGCCUGGCACUAGCAAACCUAAGAAGAUACCCCGACAGAUCGACCCUAAGGUCAAUAAUGUGGUCACACUGGAUGAGGUUACCAGGAAUAAGAAGAAGCAUAGAUAUAGGAUAAUUAUAGGCAACACGUCCAAGUACGCCCCGCCGGCGUCCCGCCAGGACCGCAGCACGCACAAGUGGCUGCUGUACGUGCGCGCGCCGCCGCCGCGUGACGCCUCGCGCGUGUUGCGCGCCGUGCACGUGCAGCUGCACCGCAGUUACGCGCCCCACCACGCCGUCUACAUCGAUAAACCUCCGUUCCAAGUGUCACGUCGCGGGUGGGGGGAGUUCCCCGCGCGUGUCACGCUGCACUUCACGCUGCCGGACAUAAACCGUCCCGCCACCGUCACGCACACCAUCAAACUGGACCGCCAUUACACCGGCUUACAGACUUUGGGUGCUGAAACAAUAGCUGAUGUAUGGCUGUACAGUACACCGGACAUGCUCGAAUGUGAAUUUAAACCAGAAGAAGAAACUUACCUGGAAAAGCCCAUACAACAAAUAAAACAAGAAGUUGAUGACACAGAAACUGAACCAGUUACCCCUAAAAUCCAACCGGUUAAAACUAAAACUGAGUUAGUAAAACCCAAAGUUGAACCUAAUGUCAGUCAAAACGACAGUUGGCUUGAAUUUUUCAAUAAAGACACCACAGAAGUGAACGUUGACGAGAUGUUAGUUAAAAAUAUUAAACGUGAAAAUGAAGUUGAAGCCAAAUGUGAAACUGAAGUCAGUGGAAAUGAAGUCACUCAACCUUCAACAGGUUUGACGAACGGCGAUAAAAUCGUGAACGAACCUAAGAAGAGGAUAAUGAAAUACAUUGACCCGACCACAGGGAAAAUAUAUUAUUUGGAAAUGGACAGAAAGUUAGAUUUGAGCAAAGUUAAGGAGAUCGUGAUAAAUUCUCAAGGAGAAGUGCAGACAGCUAAGAUUAGUCCAAUCAAAAACGGUUUGAAGGCGAAAAGGUUUGUCUCGUGUUUGAAACCAGAAGUCAAAAAUCAAUUACGAACAGAAAUAAAGGUUAAAACUGAGUACAGUCAUAUUGAAAAUGAUCACUGUUACUUGAAGACUAAUUGGUGUAAACCAAUAGAAGUAAAAAGAACGUAUUUAGAUGAUUUAAAAGGGACUGUGGCAAAAUUUUCAUGCACUUACAUGGUGGUAAAUUUUUUGCUAAAAAAGAUGGCGCUGAUAUCAGAUAGUAUGACGGAUGUGAGUCUGCCGUUUGUAGUACAAAAUGAAGAUAAAUAUUGGAAGUUGGAUUUUACGAAGCGUAGGAACAUGGAGUGGUCACGGGCAAAAUUAAUCAACAAGAUACUAACAGAGCAAUUCAAAGCCGAACCAAAUAAAGUGUGGAGGACGAAGCAGAUCUUAAUAUUCUCAAGGCUACAUGGCUUCUAUCCUGUGAAGGCAGAAACAGUUCUAAAGCAAGACGAUACAAGCGAAUGGUCAUCUUGGGACGAUUUAGAAAAUUCCAGAAAAACUGAAUCUAACAUAAGAAAAUUAUAUCCGGACUCGAAUAACAUAACAAGUUUAACACUAUUUAACAGCGACAGAUAUAUGCAGUGUAAUGAAACACGCAUUUUAAGUGAUUCGGAUGAAGAAAUUGAUAUAACAAGUGAUGAGCAAGUGAAAGUGAAAAGUGAAGUGUUGCCAGACUCAACAGAUAUGUUAGAAGUGUUGCCAGUACAGUGUAAAGAGGAUAAACUGAAGUUCUUCUACAUUGAAAGCAAGUGUGCUGAUAUUGGUAUCGAGUUGAGGAAUGAGGAUGUUGGAGAGGGAUAUAGCUAUAGUGCGGUUCAUGCAGUAUUAUUGUCAGCAAUGAAGAACUUUGCAGAAGACCUGCUCAGGUCUGCCCUCGCCGAUCAGACCUCCAUGGCGAAUGAUCCACAACUACCUACUAUAUGGACUGGGAGUGAUUCCCGUACACGCGUGAGGCUCGAGCACGUGUGGCGCGCGGUGAGGGGACGCCCCGCCCUGUCCCGUGCCGCGCUUGGCGCCCGCCGCCAUGUACACCAUGCUGUG